UCUCGCGACUUUGUCGACAAUGAAUUUAGGGUUUUAGCAGGAAGAGAAAACAGAGAGAAAGAGGUCAAAAGAUAGAGAAGAGACUAAUCUUUUAGCGUUUGAUUUUUUUGGAAGAUUUUUCUGUUUGGAUUAAGAAAAACGAAAAUGGUGGCUGAUAAAGGGAAGAAGAUGAAAGUUGCAGAGAAAGGAGAAGAAGAAAACUCUGAACAAAUCGAUGGAGAACUUGUCCUUUCCAUUGAGAAGCUUCAAGAGAUUCAAGAUGAGCUUGAAAAGAUCAAUGAGGAGGCCAGCGAGAAAGUCUUGGAAGUGGAGCAGAAGUACAAUGUGGUUCGCAAGCCAGUCUAUGAUAAGCGGAGUGAAAUCAUCAAGUCGAUUCCUGAUUUCUGGUUAACUGCUUUCUUGAGUCAUCCUGUUCUUGGUGAACUUUUGACUGAAGAGGAUCAGAAGAUAUUUAAGCAUAUUAACUCACUUGAAGUGGAGGAUUUCAAAGAUCUGAAAUCUGGAUAUUGUAUUACAUUUAACUUCAACCCCAAUCCAUAUUUUGAAGAUACAAAGCUUACAAAGACCUUUACAUUCCUGGAUGAGGGAACCAAAAUUACGGCCACCCAAAUAAAGUGGAAAGAGGGAAUGGGCUUGCCAAAUGGAGUUAAUCAUGAGAAGAAAGGAAACAAGCGCCAGUUUGCUGAAGAAAGCUUCUUUACCUGGUUUGCUGAUGCUCAGCAGAAAGAUGACAUGGAUGAAAUUCAUGAUGAGGUAGCAGAGAUUAUCAAGGAGGACUUAUGGCCCAAUCCUCUCACUUAUUUCAACAAUGAGGCUGACGAAGAGGAUUUUGAUGGUGACGAAGAGGGAAAAGAAGAUGACGACGAUGAUGAGGAUGACGACGAUGAUGGUGAUGAUGAGGAUUAACAAAAUUGAGUGGGUGGCUUUAAUUCUCUUCAGUUGUUGGGCUUGCUUUAGUAUGAACUUGUGAAAAGCUGUCUCUGUGGUUUGCUAAGUAAGGUUCUGGGCAGGAUGACCAUCUUCAAAAUAGCUUUCUUUUUGCUCAUCUCUCUUUUAUCUUUUAUAUCUAUUUUUUAUGUUUUUUUCCUGAUCGGAACAUGGAAUGAUAGGGAUAUAUAUGUAUUGCACAUUUUUAGAGUUUUAUAUAUGCUUAAUUUAAUAUAAUAUUUUAUUU